CGCGAAUUCAUAAUCUUUCUUUCCCCCACAACUCGCCCCAUCGCAGCGUAGCAGUUUGUUGGUUGUUGUUCGUUGCCGUUUGGUGCAGCUCAUAUCCGCAUUCCCCUUCCAAACUCAAUCACAACCUCGCAGCCCUUUGGCUGCCGACGACUGCACGCAACAAUGGACCCCGUGCAGCGUCUUCGCAACCUGCCAGACACGCCGCCCACAUCGCCGCCUGUCGGCUUCGCGGGACAGAAUGGCUUCAGCACGCCUCUGUUCCCCUCACAACCCAACAUUCUCUACAUCAUGGCCGACCAGCUGGCCGCUCCCCAACUCAAAAUCUACAACGAGAAAUCGCAGAUCAAGACCCCACACCUCGACAAACUGGCCGAGAAGUCAGUUGUGUUCGAUUCUGCCUACUGUAAUUCACCCCUGUGCGCGCCAUCACGUAUGGCCAUGAUCACUGGACAGCUACCUUCCAAAAUUGGUGCUUACGACAACGCUUCACCGAUUACCGAGGACACGCCGACAUACGCGCACUACUUGCGGAAUGCCGGGUAUGAGUGCGUGCUUGGCGGUAAGAUGCACUUCAUCGGUGACCAGCUGCACGGCUAUGAGUAUCGCCUCACCGCCGAUAUCUAUCCGGCUGAUCUUGGCUGGUCGGUCAACUGGGACGAGCCCGACACUCGCCUGGAAUGGUACCAUAACAGCUCUUCCAUCCUGCAAGCAGGACCAUGUGUGCGCAGCAACCAGCUGGACUACGAUGAAGAGGUCAUGUACAAGGCCAAGCAGUUCUUGUACGACCAUGUCCGCAAGCCACCGAACAGCCGGCCAUUCUGUUUGACGGUCUCUCUCACUCAUCCUCACGAUCCGUACACCAUCGAGCACAAGUACUGGGACAUGUAUGAGGAUGUCGACAUCGAUAUGCCAGACGUCCAGCUUCCCAAGGAUCAGCUCGACCCGCACAGCAAACGCUUGCAGCACGUCUGCGAUCUUGAAGACUACGACUUCACGCCCGAGCAGAUCAAGCGUGCCAAGCGCGCCUAUUACGGAUCUGUCAGCUACGUCGAUGAUAAUAUCGGAAAGUUGAUGCAGACCCUGAAGGAUUGUGGUCUUGCCGACAAUACCAUUGUCAUCUUCUCCGGUGACCACGGCGACAUGCUUGGCGAGAGAGGUCUGUGGUACAAGAUGUCCUACUUCGAGUCAUCUGUCCGCGUGCCCAUGCUCUUCAGCUACCCCAAGCAGUGGGCGCCUCACCGCGUUCCACAAAGCGUCAGCACUCUGGAUAUCCUGCCCACGUUGGUCGAUAUCGUGGGUUCGAAACUGGUGCCUGGCUUGCCAAUGGAUGGUGUCUCGAUCGUGCCUCAUCUGAAGGGCAAGUCCACGCAUGACAACGUCUUUGCCGAGUACAUGGGUGAAGGAACCAUCGCUCCGAUGAUGAUGAUUCGACGUGGUGCCUGGAAGUACAUCACUUGUCCUGCAGACCCAGAUCAGCUGUACAACUUGGCAGAAGAUCCAAAGGAAUUGGUCAACCUCGCCACUUCCACCGACGAGGCUACCAAGAAGGUGUACGAUGACUUUGUCGCGGAAGCCAAAGCCAAGUGGGAUAUGGAAGCCAUCACGGCGGAUGUGAUUAAACGCCAGCGCCAGCGUCGGUUCUGCUUCUCGGCCCUCAAGCAAGGCAAGUGGACCAGCUGGGACUAUAGCGUGCCCGACAACAGCCAAGACAAGUAUAUCCGCAGCCACAUGGACCUGGAUGAUCUUGAACGUAGAGCGCGGUACCCAAUCGUGGACGCAUACGGCAAGAUCAAGGUUCUUGGAAGCACCGAUAAGAAGAAUGGCGUGCUGACAAUGCCUCAUCAAGCUGGAGCUGUCGGACAGUAGGUUCUUGUGACGGUCUUUUGACUUUGGAGCUUGCGACGGCUGCACCACGGGAGCUGAAGCUUUGCUUAACAGCUGCAGGCGUGAGGAAGUGUUUCAGCUGUAGCUAUGGGUGGUUGCACAUGGCAACAUUUGUUUACGACGGAAAUGCCUGGGCGAAUUUUUUGCAGCGUACUGCAUGGCGUUUGGGGCGCAAGGUGUGGCAUC